UGCUCCCCCAACCCCACAGAUCCUCUCCCGGCGAAAUAUUCUGCUCCGAUCACUCUCGAAUACUGUCUCAGCGAUGGCGGCCUCAGCUUCCUUCGCCGGCGUUAAAUCGUCAACCACCGUCUCAGGUAUUCGCCGCCGGCAGCCUCUUUCCACCGUAUUCGGCGUCAAUACCCUGUCCGUCCGCCACAAUCGCGACCAAACGCGCCGCUUCGUCGUCCUCGCAAUGGACGCGAAGCCUACGAUUCUCGUCGCCGAAAAGCUUGGCGAGGCCGGGGUGGAUCUCCUGAAAGAGUUCGCGAAUGUCGAUUGCUCGUAUGACCUCACUCCGGAGGAGCUUUGCGAAAAGAUCUCGCUCUGUGAUGCGCUGAUUGUGAGGAGUGGUACUAAAGUGAACCGCGAGGUGUUCCAAUCGUCUACCGGACGGCUUAAGGUCGUCGGAAGGGCUGGAGUCGGGAUUGAUAACGUGGAUCUGGCGGCCGCGACUGAGCACGGGUGUUUGGUCGUGAAUGCGCCGACUGCAAAUACCAUCGCCGCCGCCGAGCAUGGAAUCGCGCUAAUGACCGCCAUGGCUAGGAACAUUGUUCAAGCAGAUGCAUCAGUUAAAGAUGGGGAAUGGCUGAGGAGCAAAUAUGUUGGUGUGUCUCUUGUUGGCAAGACACUUGCAGUGAUGGGGUUCGGGAAGGUUGGAUCAGAGGUUGCAAGACGUGCCAAGGGUCUGGGUAUGCAUGUCAUUGCACAUGAUCCCUAUGCUGCAGCUGACCGUGCCCGUGCAGUAGGUGUUGAGCUUGUGAGCUUUGAUGAAGCUAUUACAACAGCUGACUUCAUUUCUCUCCACAUGCCACUUACUCCAGCAACAACGAAAAUGCUAAACGACGAAACUUUUGCAAAGAUGAAAAAGGGUGUCAGGAUCAUCAAUGUCGCACGUGGAGGAGUUGUUGACGAAGAUGCAUUGGUGAAGGCACUUGAUGCUGGCAUCGUUGCACAGGCAGCGCUCGAUGUUUUCGAAAAGGAGCCACCAGGUAAGGACAGCAAACUGGUACAGCAUGAAAAUGUGAUUGUAACUCCACAUCUUGGUGCCAGCACAAUGGAAGCACAGGAAGGGGUGGCUAUUGAAAUCGCCGAAGCUGUUGUCGGAGCAUUGAAGGGAGAGCUCGCUUCUACUUCAGUUAAUGCACCCAUGGUUCCUGCUCAGGUUCUUAAUGAGCUGAAGCCUUUUGUAUCUCUUUCCGAGAAACUCGGUAGACUUGCAGUCCAACUAGUAUCAGGUGGGAACGGCGUAAACACCGUGAAAGUCAAAUACACAUCCGCCAGAUCUCCAGACGAUCUCGACACAAGGAUACUCCGCGCCAUGAUCAUCAAGGGUCUACUCGAGCCAAUCUCAAGUGACUUCGUGAACUUGGUCAAUGCUGAUUACACUGCAAAACAACGAGGUCUCCGCAUCCGUGAAGAACGAACUCCCGUGAGUGGCUCACCGGAAAGCCCACUGGCGUCGAUCCAGGUCACAAUUCCAAAUGUAGGAUCCAAAUUCGCAAGCGCUCUUGAUGAAGACUCGGGAGAGAUCACGGUGGAGGGCCGGGUUAGAGAUGGAGUCCCGCAUUUGACAAAGGUAGGAUCUUUCGAAGUUGACGUGAGCCUGGAAGGCAGUAUUAUACUGUGCAGGCAAGUCGACCAGCCCGGAAUGAUAGGUAAAGUAGGCAGCAUUCUUGCUAAUGGCGGCGUGAACGUUAGUUUUAUGAGUGUCGGGAGACUAGCUCCGAGGACGCACGCUGUGAUGACGAUUGGAGUCGAUGAGGAACCGAGCAACGAGACACUGAAUAGUAUCGGGGAGAUUCCUGCGGUCGAGGAGAUUGUUUACGUCAAGCUGUAACGCGGUAACUCGUCGUCGCUAUUUUCUUGAUUUUGACAUGCUUUUGCUAGCAUUCUUGGCAUCUUUGGCCCUCGGGAAUAAGCAUUUUUGACAUGCCCUUUUGAAGGCAUUGUGUUUUUUUGCCAUUUUGUUAGAUCCUUUCUCUGUGUAUCGAAUAAUUUUGAAUAAUCUUGAUUUACUCAUAUAUAGAAAGGAAAGGCUUUGUUUAUAGGCAGAGUAUUGGCUACGU